GUGAACGUUUUCUGGAAACUUAAAACUAGGCUACACCAACUGGGAGGUUGCCCUGAACUUGUAAUCGUUUGUUGAAAGAAGACGAAGCAAUCAUGUAGCUCACAAGACAAGACACUGAAGAAGGACAGGGUAGCAUGAAUGUUACCUGACAGUUUACGCAUUCUGGCAUUCAAAACAAAGAUAAAUAUGGAAGUCAAGUUUGUUGCAGCUGUUUUUGUCUUAGUUUGUACAGCCAAGGUGGUGCAGACCACACACGCUGACUGUUCUAUCGUCAUUCAUUUGCUGGAGAAAGAGGAAGAAUGCAAACUGAAAAAGAAAACCACCAAUGCUGUGUUAUCAACAACAGCCCACAAUAAGACUGCAGGCUGUGCGGUGGAGUGGGAUGCAGUGAGCUGUUGGCCUGCAGCUAUGAUAGGGGAGAGUGUCUCUGUCGCCUGCCCUCUCCCACUGUUAAAACCUGAUUCUCCAUCAGUUCUCAUCACACGGAACUGCACUCUCCGAGGGUGGAGCCAGCCGAGCCUGCCGUACUUCACAGCCUGUUACCUUGAGGAUGGUAAUGAGGAUGAACACACAGGGGAUGAGCAAAAUUACUUUGCCACUGUAAAGCUGAUCUAUACCAUUGGAUAUGGGGUCUCUCUGGCCUCUCUCUUCAUGGCCAUUCUGGUCUUCUGCAUCUUCAGGAAGUUACUGUGCACGAGGACCUAUAUCCAUCUCAACCUCUUCUCCACCUUCAUCCUGCGAGGCCUUGCCGUGUUUGUCAAAGACGCUGUCCUGUUUGCAGAUGAGAGCAUGAACCACUGCACUGUCUCAACGGUGAAGUGUAAAUCGGCAGUAACGUUCUUCCAGUACUGCGUCUUGGCCAAUUUUUUCUGGUUGCUUGUGGAGGGCUUGUACCUCCAGACUCUGCUUAUUUUCACAUUUGCUCAGAAGAAGAAGCUCUUCUGGGUCUACACCGUCAUAGGCUGGGGUACACCGUCCAUAACUAUUAUAAUUUGGGCCCUGCUGAAGAGUCAAUUGGAUGACCAGGGGUGCUGGGAUGACUUGGAUAGCGCCCUCUGGUGGAUCAUUAAAACACCCAUCCUUCUAUCUGUCUUUGUGAACUUUGUGGUGUUCAUAAAUAUCAGUAGAAUCAUUAUUCAGAAGACUAAGUCCAAUGGAACUGAGAAGCCACCGUAUAAGAGGUUGGCACGAUCUACCCUGCUGCUCAUCCCUCUGUUCGGGGUGCACUACGUUGUCUUUGCCCUCUUCCCUGAGCACGUUGGCGUUGGUCCUCGACUCUACUUGGAACUUGUCUUGGGCUCUUUCCAGGGAUUUAUAGUUGCAUUGUUGUACUGCUUCCUAAACGCAGAAGUAAGAUACGAGGUACGAAAAGAAAUUCGAAAAGUAAUGAAAGGAUGUUGGUCUCAGGAAGAAAACAAUGCCUUUAAUCUGGCAACUCAGGACUAUGUAGUUUAGAAGAAAUCUAGAUUAAGGGUAGGUCCUCUCAACUU